GACGUGACGCCAGCAGUCGCUCCAGCCUCUCUGGCUGCUCUCUGCCUCACUGGACACUGAGCUGAGAGUUUGCUCGUUAGUUGUGAUUUGUUUGUAAGUUCCCAUUUCACAGGGAUUGUUGCAUUUCGGGCUGAAAAUGAGUACAGAAUACUGCUAAUAUUCCCAACACUGCCUGGAUCCACCCUUUAGUUUUUAAUUUUUUUUAAUUGAAAGUACUUACAUUUCUAGAGAUUUUUACGUCUAUCUAAAGGCGGUUACUUUCAGUUUUCUUACACCUAUUAUUGUUGGAACUGAAGUCUAUUGUUUUCUAAUAGUUUUUUCCUGCACAGUGGAUGUUAUCUGUGUGUUUUUUCCUGUAGUUUGUAGAGGAGGUAGUUUUUAAGGGUCAGGAUCAACGUGAGAGGAGAAAACUGAUGUGAAUAUCCAGCGCUGACUGAAAACACUCUUUACUUUUUCUACUUAUUAUUUAUUUCUGCUCACUGAGGACAACACUGAAGUGGUGGAUUUCUUUUUCCACCCUGGAUGUGACACUUUGAGUCAUGCUGCUGCUGUUUCUGCUGCUGCUCUGCCUGCAAACUUCACUGCAAGAACAGACUCCUGCUCCUGGGCGGUGUGAUGUCUUACAGAGGGAAGACCUGCACACCUCCUGCACUUCCUGUGCCGCCGCCGCCUCCAGCAGCUGCCCCCACGGCUUCAGCAGAGUGGGCACAACCAACUGCAGUUACGUGGUGCAGAUCGGUGGCAGGGAGACGGAGCUGGGUGGAUGUCAGCACAUCUGUGUGAAGGGGUUCAUGCAACCACAAUGCUGCUCACAGCACUGGGGACCUCUUUGUCUCUCCUGUCCCACCUGGUCAGGGAAGACCUGUAACUUCCAUGGAACCUGUUUGGAUGGAGAUCUCGGCAACGGGACCUGCGUCUGUGACGAUGGCUUCUCUGGCUUUGCCUGUCAGGAGUGUAAGAAUCAAAAUGCCUUUGGAGAAAAGUGUGAUAAAGAGUGUGACUGUGUGCAUGGAGUGUGUAAUAAAGGUCCAGAAGGUGAUGGACAGUGUUUGUGUCAGCCACCGUACACCGGGAAGCGCUGUGACCAAGUGAGCACCCGGUGCAGAAACUGCAGUCCCUACUCGUACUGUAAAGGAGAAGGAGACGCCGCCGACUGUGAAUGUUUGCCCGGAUACAGGAGGACGCCACAGGGCAACUGCGCAAGUAUUUGCUCAGCGAGGGACUGUGACGUCAACGCCCAGUGUUCCUCACAGGGGUCAAAGGUCGUUUGCGUCUGUAAGCCCGACUACCAGGGAGAUGGAAAGAUCUGCGUACCCAGAAACCCUUGCUCCGAGAACAACGGAGGGUGUCCUAUCGACUCCACCAUCUGUGUCUUCAAAGGACCCAAUAAGUCCAGCUGCGAGUGUAUGUUGGGCAUGUCCCCUGUAGGUGGCAACGCUCAGUUUGGUUGUCAGUUGGUCUCUGCCUGCGUGCCAGCGGACACCUGUCAUCCCUCAGCUGUCUGCCAGACUGAGAUGGAUGGACAACCCAGGUGUGUGUGUGAGGCAGAUCAGAUUGGUGAUGGACACCGUUGCUAUGGUAACCUUAUGGCGCAGUUGUUGGAGCUGGACAGGAGUGGAAGCCAGAGGGAAAAUCUGACUGGAGCCGUCGCCUUGUUUGAGAAAGGCUGUUUGAUGCUGCUGAGUCACAGCGGACCCUUCACAGCUUUCAUCCCUCUGCUGAAAACACCUCUGACAGGCGUUAAUGAGGAGCUGGUGUGUAGAAACCAUCUGAUCCUGGGUCAGCACCUCUACAAGGAUCUGGAGGGACGAGACUUCAACCUGUACGGAGGAGCAAGGUUCAGGAGCAAAGUCAACAAGAGAUUCAUCCUGAUGGAAAACCCCAGCAGACUGUACACCGUCGUCCAGGAGGACCUGCCAGCAGCCAACGGGAUCAUCCACAUCAUCGACCGGCCAAUCACAAACACACUUUCUGACAGGUCUCUUCGUGACGAACAGUUUGCUGAUAAGACGAUCGGAGAGAUUCUGUAUAAGGACGUAAAAUACAACCGCUUUCUGUCUCUGGUUGAUAAUUGCGGGUCGCCCCCUCCACUGCGGGGUCCGGGACCCCUGACUGUGUUCAUCCCUACCAACCAGGCUGUGGACAAAGCCAGAGACGGCAGCAUCUUGUACAUGCUGCAUGACGCCAAAUCUAAACUUCAGGAACUCCUCAGACACCAUGUUUUCUCUCAGGCCACGCUGACAGUCGACGAGAUAGCCACGCUCCCCCAGAUUCAGACGAUGGCCAAUCAGAUUGUCACCGUCACUGUGUCUGAUGAUGGUGAGAUUCUGUUGGGCGAUAAAGGCAUCCGUCUGACAAGCACCAACAUUGUGGCGUCCAAUGGGAUCAUCCAUAUGAUUGACGGGCUUCUGUACCCGCCCUCCAUCCUCCCCAUCCUACCUCACCGCUGUGACGUCAGCGAGAGCAAGAUCGUGGUGGGUCCGUGUGUUCACUGCAGUUACCUCUAUGAGACGGAGUGUCCAGAGGGCACCACUGAAAUUGACGCUCAUCAGAAGGGCUGUGAUUACGUCACGUCUCCUCUCAGACCGACACUCAGUACAGGCUGUGCCAAAUUCUGCAACGCCACCAAAACGGUACCACAGUGUUGUAAAGGUUUCUAUGGUCCGGACUGUAAACCCUGUAUAGGAGGAUUCAAGCAUCCCUGCUACGACAAAGGAACGUGUUUUGACGGUAUCCAAGGCAACGGCUCGUGCAGCUGUCAGCCAGGCCUCAAGGGUGUUGCCUGCCACAUCUGUGAGGAUCCAUCCAAGCAUGGAGAGAAGUGUGACGAAGAGUGUCGCUGUGUUCAUGGUGUGUGUGAUAACCGUCCAGGCAGCGGUGGUGUGUGUCGGGGAGGUUCCUGUUUGGAGGGAUAUUCUGGAGAAUUCUGUGAUAAGACAGCCACGCCCUGCAACUCUGACGGCCUGCAUGAACACUGUCACAUCCACGCGUACUGUACUCAGACAGGACUGCAUACUACGUGUGUGUGUAAGGAUGGAUAUGAAGGUGACGGUCACUCCUGUUCUCCCAUCAACCCCUGCCUGAAGAGCAACCGAGGAGGCUGUGACACCAACGCAGAGUGUGUGUAUUUGACUCCAGGUAACGCAUCCUGUGUGUGUAAUGAGGGAUGGACAGGUGACGGAAAAGUGUGUGUGGAGAUCAACAACUGUCAGCUAGAGAGUCGAGGAGGCUGCAGCCCCAACGCCGACUGCAACCACAUUGGACCUGGACAGAGUGAGUGUGUUUGCAAAACAGGUUACAUGGGAAACGGUAUCAUCUGUGACCUCAUUAACCCCUGCCUCAAGAGGAACGGAGGCUGCCAUGACCUGGCAAAAUGUGAGCUCUCUAAGGACGGUGGAGCUCACACCUGUACCUGUCCUGACGGCUACGCUGGAGACGGAUUAAUCUGCUAUGGAUUAUUACUUGAGGAGCUGGACAUGAACCCAAAGCUGUACAGUUUCUUCAGAUUGACUCAGAGGUAUAACCACCUCUCUGAGGACCUGAGUGGGAACCUCACAAUGUUGGUUCCAUCCAGAGAAGCUCUGAGGAACAUGAGUUCAGCUGAGGACUCGUUUUGGAACAGCCGACACCACCUGCCUCAUUUCCUGCGGGCCCACAUCCUGCCGGGUAUCUACUCUGUGGAGGAUCUGGACAGAAUGGUGGGCAGCAGGCUGCCGACCCUCAACACCCCCACCUUCUGGGAAAUCCGCAACAGCAGCACGGGGAUCCGCAUUGGAAACGCCUCCAUCAUCACCCGCAACCUGCCUGCAAUCAAUGGCUACAUCCACAUCGUAGACCGGAUUCUGGCUCCCUCCCGCUCAGAACUCCCCCCUGAGCCCCCCACCCUGAUGGCGUUCCUGAACUCCUCGUCCACCUUCACUCUGUUUCGACAGUACGCUCUGAUGUACAAUCUGUCAGAGGAUCUGAGUACGUUUGAUUUCACCCUCCUGCUGCCAACAGAUGAUGCCAUCAGGCAGCACCUCAGCAGGACUAACUCCUCCCUCCUGGACUCUGAUGUCUUCAAGUAUCAUGUGAUUCUGAAUGAGCUGCUCUUCCCUGACCACCUGUCUGACGGCACGUUGAAAAGCACACUGCUGGGCAUCGACUACCAGGUCCAAUUCCACUUCAACGACAACAACCAGACAGUUGUGAACGACGUUCCUCUGGAUGGUGGUUUCACGGAGACGCAGAACGGUGUCAUCAUAGUCCUCCCUCACGUUCUCAAAGUCCGCCGCAACAGAUGCAGCAAACAGAUCACCCUGCAGGUCAACGGAAGGUGUACAGACUGCGAAGGACCACCCCGAUGCCUGUUCGGAUACAAACCAAUCAGGGAACAGUUUCCAGCCAAAAUGAAAUCCAACUGUAAAUACAGGAAGCGAGUGGGAGCCAGGAGGAAGUCAGUGCCAGGAUGUGUCAUCAAAUGUCUUCGGUUAACCACGGAUCACUCCUGUUGCCGCGGUUACUACGGCCAUGAGUGCUUCAAAUGCCCCGGAGAUGUCGGCAGCUGGUGCUCCAAUCAUGGGGAGUGUCAGGACGGUAACGAUGGAAACGGGGAGUGCCGUUGCUUCGAGGGUUUCCACGGCACCGCGUGUGAGGACUGUGAGCCGGGACGAUAUGGAGUCAACUGCUCCUCCAAGUGUGUGUGUGACCACGGGAAGUGUGAGGAUGGUCUGGCAGGAAGUGGCAAGUGUGUGUGUUAUAAAGGUUGGAAAGGAGCGUCUUGCUCUGCAGAGAUAAAGGACGAUGCCUGCGGAGGUGUGUGUGACGAGAACGCCAACUGCAUAACGGGACCACAGGGUUCAGCUCCUGCCUGUGUGUGUGUGGCUGGAUAUGAAGGCAAUGGAACUUACUGCAAAGAGCUGGAUGUGUGCAGCAGGUCUAACGGUGGAUGUUCAGAAUUUGCCGUUUGCGUGAAGGUCUCAGCAGGAGAGAGGACCUGUACCUGUAAACAGGGCUAUACUGGAGAUGGGGUUGUCUGCCUGGAGAUUGACGGCUGUCUGGUCAACAAUGGAGGCUGCCACAAGUCAGCAGAGUGCACCAGAGCCGGCCCCAACAUUACGUCCUGCAGUUGUCGAAUGGGCUUUAAAGGAUCCGGGAGGUUCUGCUUCCCUGUCAAUCCCUGCAAAAAUGACAAUGGUGGCUGCAGUAGGUAUGCUCGCUGUGAGUAUAUGGGUCAGGGUCAGAGGAACUGCACCUGCCUCAGAGGCCACGUGGGCGAUGGCUUCGAUUGCCGGGGAAACACCGUAAAUGAGCUGGGCCGACAAAUUGAGAACAGCUUCUUUCGUCAAAUGUUGACUGCAUCAGGCGUACGUGGCUUAUCUGGUGACGGACCGCUCACUGUCUUCGUCCCUGUAGGGGAAACCAACACCGAGUCCUCUUGGCGGGAAUGGGACCAGUCCGGCCGUCUCGCUGACCUGGUUCGUUACCAUGUUGUUUACUGUGAGUCUUUGAUGUUGAGCGACCUCAAAACCACCAAGACUGUUGUCUCAUUGUCGGGACACACACUGAGCUUCAGCCUGCAGCAGGGUUCAGUCUGGAUCAACAACAGAUCGAGGAUCGUGAAGAGUGAUUUCACCACAUCUAACGGAGUCAUUCACCACAUCGACACGAUGUUGACGCCCUACAAACUGCGGGACAAACCAAACAUCGUGGUUAACAGGAUGAACCUGACGACCGCAGCAGCAUUUUAUGGCUACAGCCGCUUCUACAAACUUGUGGAGGAUUCAGGGUUACUUCCUGUGCUCCAGAUGUCCAUCCAUCAGCCGUUCACUAUUUUCUGGCCCACAAACGAGGCUUUCAACUCCCUGCCAGCUGAUAGACAGCACUGGCUCUCCAGCCCCGAGCACCAAGAGAAAGUGGCUUCCUUGGUGAAGGCUCACAUCAUACGCAACUCCCGGGUGAUGGGCGUCAGUGUGCCAGAUAGCUACUCAUCCUUCCGCACCAUGCAUGGCUCCACCAUCAAGUACCGCUGUGACAAGGCCUUGGUGGGAGCUGUAUUGAUAAAUGAUAACGCAGCCAGGAUAGUGGAGCGCCACCUGUACUUCAAGGAGGGCAUUGCCUAUGGCAUCGACAGAUUACUGGAGCCGCCUGGCCUGGGAGCGCUCUGUGACGGUCUGGAGAACAAAACCACUAACGGACGCUGUGGACGCUGCACCAGACCUCCAUCCUGCCCCUUCAGACACAUCGACGUGGGAAAGACGGUGCCUUGUUUGAACAUCAGGUCCUCUCGGUUUGGGCGCAGCUAUAUGCGCAGCUACUCACAAUGGCAACUCGAUCUCGAUGAUGAUUCUUUCAGCCAGAUGGGCUGCAAGAGAGUUUGUCAGUAUAGUUCGUGGGUCCAGAAGUGCUGCACAAACCACUACGGCCGAGACUGCCAAGUUUGUCCAGGUGGCCUGGAGGCACCUUGUAGUAACCACGGUAACUGCAACGAUGGAAUGCGCGGUUCAGGAAGAUGUACGUGCCGCGAAGGUUUCCGUGGAUACGCCUGUGAACACUGUGACAGGGGCUACUACGGCCCCAACUGCACAGCCUGCAGCUGUGGGCAGCAUGGAAGGUGUGAUGAAGGCAUCGAAGGCUCUGGACAGUGUCUCUGUGACGCGGGCUGGGCGGGCAAUAACUGUCAGACAGAUUUAGGCUCAAUCCCAGAGGAGUGCUGGCAGUGCCACGCUCAGGCCGACUGUGUGCCAGGUGUUGGUUGUCAGUGUAAAUCUGGGUUUCAGGGGAACGGCACCAUCUGCAGUCCGGAGCCACCUCCAGACCUGUGCGCCGAAUACAACGGAGGCUGUCACCUGAACGCAGACUGUAACCAGACGGGACUGAUCGUCAACUGCACCUGUCACAGCAGUUACAAAGGAGACGGAUACUCCUGCGACCCCGUCAACAGGUGUGUUGAGGAGCAGAAUGGUGGCUGCAGUGACUUCGCCUCCUGCAAGUUCACUGGUCCAAACGAGCGUCAGUGCGAUUGCCUGCCGGGGUACGUGGGUAAUGGAGUCCAGUGUCUGGAGAAAGUGGUGCCUCCUGUUGACCGCUGCCUGGAAGACAACGGAGGAUGCGACCCUGUGGCCACCUGCAAGGACCUGCAUUACCAUGCCAACACAGCCGGAGUGUUUCACCUGCGCUCUCCAGACGGGAAGUACAAGAUGAACUUCAGUCAGGCCGACGCCGCCUGCCAGGCCGAGGGCGCCGUGCUGGCCAACUUUAAACAGCUGGGAGACGCGCAGCAGCUGGGGAUGCAUCUGUGCGUGGCCGGCUGGAUGGAGGGGGGGGUGGUGGGAUACCCGACCCGUUUCCCCUCCGUCAGGUGUGGAGACAACCACGUGGGCCUGGUCAUCUACAAAGACCCUGUGGACCAGAGCAGCAAGUACGACGCCUACUGCUACAGGCUCAAAGAUGUCUCGUGUGUGUGUCCCCCGAAUUACAUUGGAAACGGAGACUUCUGUCACGGCGUCCUGACCAACGUCAUUGCAACCUACAGCAACUUCUCCAUCUUUUACAAGUUGUUGUUGGACUACAGCGGUCGAUCCUCGGCGGGCCAGCAGCUCGUUGCAUUUAUGUCUCACAGGAAGUCUGAGGUGACUCUGUUUGUUCCUCAUAACGUCGGCUUUUCCCCAAACCAGACUCUGUCAGGUAGAGAUCUUGAGUAUCACAUCUCAGCCAAUCACAGCAGACGACCAUUCAAGGAUUUGAAACACCAGGAAGUCAUCAAAUCCAGGCUCGGGUUCAACCUGACUGUUACUCACGGCAAAAACGAGAGCCGUAAGAUGGUGAACCAACGGCUGCUGCUGAACUGGGACAUUCCUGCUGUGAACGGGAUCAUCCACGUCAUCGAGGCUCCUCUGACGGCACCCCCCGAACCGAUCUCCCAUCAUGCAUUCCGAAGCCACGCCCACUCAAGCGGCACAGUGUCGGCCAUCUUGGUGUCAUUGCUUCUGGCGUGUGUGUUGGCUGCACUCGGCUACUACAUCUUCAAACACAAGACGGACGCCUUCCGCUUCCACUACUUCAGAAACGAGGACGAGGACGAUGCGGCGGGCGGCAGGAAGAAGCCCACACUGGUCUCCAUCCCCAACCCUCUCUACAGCGGCUCCAGAGCCUUCAGCGAGCCGUUUGGGGACGCUGGUCAGGGGCUGGAGCCAGCAGAAUCCGGAGAACCUCCAAAGAUUCUGGACCUAGACCAGCAGGACCAGUAAAAUUGGAGCUGUCUGUUUACAUAACACAAUACCUUAUAGACUUUAACAUGGUUCAGCUGUUUCAGAGAUCACCUGUAUCCAAAUGAGAAGUAAAGUUGUCUACUUAACCCA